AUGACAGUAGAAUCCGUCUUGGCUGUUAAAUUCGCUUUGACUGUUAAAUCCGCUUUGGCUGUUAAAUCCGUCUUGGGUGUUAAAUCCGUCUUGGCUGUUAAAUCCGCAUUGUGUCGUGAAAUCGGAUUUGAGAUCCAUGAAGAAGUUUUGAAAGUUCUUCAUGAGCUGCACACAGCUAUGAAAACCCAUCACACCUACCAGUCAGAGUUCAGGCAGGCUGAAUCUAAACUCCAGGUUGUAGAGAAACAACGGACUAAGAUCAAGGAACAGAUACCGAAAGAGAAACUGGAGAAGAAUCGUAAAUAUAAAGUGAUAGAGAAGGAGGUUGCGAAGAGAACCAGUAAAUAUACAGAAUCAAGGUUAAAAGCAACUAAGGCGAGAAAUGAAUACCUCCUCUGUAUGGACGCAGCAAAUGCGUCAAUUCAUAAAUAUUUCGUCGACGAUUUAUCAGACUUGAUGGACUGCAUGGACUUUGGAUUCCAUCAGUCCUUGGGAAGAGCAAUGAUGAUGCGCUCAUCAGCAAUGGAACAAGUUCGGAAAUCAUUACAGCAGGAUAUUGACGCGAUGAACAAGGUUCUGGGUUCCCUUGACUCCAGGAGGGACAAGAAGUACUUCUUGGAGAAGAACGAUCAGGCUUUCAUGAUCCCCAAAAAGUUUGAAUAUCAGCCUGUCCGCCGGGACGAGACGGAGCAGAUACAUAAACCGGUGGCGGAGGAGUUGGAGUCCAGGAAGCGGAAAUUGGCGGAGAGGUUGGGUAGCCUCAGGGCGGAGUCAGAAGAGAUUUGGAAGAGUCUUGAGGCGGCGGAGAAGACCCUCCUUGAGAUGGUUUCAUGCAAUGAUUUUGAUACAACCAGAUAUUUUGUGGAGGAUGAAGCGUCUAGAAAAGAGCGUGAAUCUGACACCUUGAACACUAAACAGAAAGUUGACCGCCAAGAAACUGAACAGUUUUACCUGGCAAAAUUUCGCGAAUACAUUCUGAACAGUAACCGUAUCUCCAGGCUACAGGCUAAGUAUGACCACAUCAGAAAAUGCCUCGGCGAUAAGAACAGUGCGGGACCGACCGCCACCCUACCCCGCCCCAUUGCCAGCUCCCGCCGAAGAAUCGGCCGAACAAUGGCCGGCCAGCCUAAGCUGUUCGGCGGAAGUCUGGAGGAGUACCUUGAGUCUACAAAGGAAGAUAUACCUCUGGUUGUUAAGAGCUGUAUAAGAAUGAUAAAUCUGUAUGGACUACACCAUCAGGGGAUAUUUAGAGUUUCAGGCUCACAGGUCGAGAUUAACAACUUCAGAGAAGCAUUUGAGCGGGGUGAGGAUCCCCUGGCAGAUGUUACCGAUGCUAGUGAUAUUAAUUCCGUCUGCGGAGUUCUUAAACUCUAUCUCCGGGAGCUCCGGGAACCUAUAUUCUCUGUCCAGUAUUUUGAUCAGUUUAUGGAGCUUUCACAAUUGGAGUCUAAACACGAGUUCGUGUUGAAGGUGCGCGAUCUAGUUAAAACCUGGCCACGAACAAUAUUCGUUGUGAUGCGAUAUAUUUUUGCAUUCUUAAACCAUCUCUCAGAAUACAGUGAUGAGAAUAUGAUGGAUCCGUAUAAUCUUGCCAUUUGCUUUGGUCCCACCCUAGUCCCUAUACCCACGGACCGGGACCAGGUCCAGUACCAGAACCUCGUUAACGAGCUCAUCAAGAACUUCAUCAUCUUCCACGAGGAUAUCUUCCCAGUGGACGGGUUGGGUGUGGUGUAUGAGAAGUAUAUCUCGAGUGAACCUGAUGAUGUCCAGGAGUACGGAAACGAGGAUUCAGUUCUAACAGAGGAUGAUCUUGAGUCAGAGGUCACGGAGGACGAUUCAGUUUUCAAAGAGGACGAGAGCUCAGAUAAUAUUAGAGAUAUAUCUAUAGAAUGUUUUGGAAGUAAGUUUGUAUCUUUCUCCUCGCCUUCAAACUCCCUUUCCUAUGUACACCGUUUCAUUGUUUUCAUGUACACUCUUUUAUUGGUGUAUUGGUGUGUUCAAUUUUACAUUUGUUAUUGGUGUGUUAGCGGGGAUUGGUGGAGAGGAAGUGUAUCAGGAAGAGAGGGACUCAUCCCGGACAAAUAUAUUCUUCUUAAGAUCAGAGGAGAGGAUGAACCAAGAGAAUCUUUAUCCUCAAUAUCCGAGGAGUCAAGACGGAGAACAUCAAGUCAGAGUGAACCUACCCGUUCCAGCUCCAGUCCCAGGAUACAGAGAUCCCACAACUCCGUCUCAUGCCCCCCAGUUACCCCGCCCCUUUCCAGGGCCCUCCCACAUAGACAUUCAAUCAGCCACGCCCCUGGAACCGUUGUAGUGACGCCCCCUGGACAGGUUCGGUCAACGGUCAUAUCUCUUCCUCCAGCAACCUCUAGGGAUAGCAUCUCCGUAGACUCCGGAAACCCUUCUCCGGAUACAACCUUCACCAGUGAGCGGGUUUCCAGGUCUCCAGUAGGACCUGGAUCCGAGUCUGACUCUAGAUCUAUAGAUCUAGAUUCUCUAUCCGUGGAUGGAGACUUGGAGCCAAGGAUAGUCUCUGAGACCGGAGCUACGGUCAUCCAGGUUUCUUCAGGAUCUCCAGUAGACCAGAGCGUUCACUCUGCAGAGGUUCAAUCUCCGGGUCCAGCAUUGGUACAUGAAGGGAUAAGCCGGGGUUCUAUCGACAGGACGGUUCGAAGCGGAGCUCCGAAGUUAUCUCCGAAGUUAAAGGUUCGAGUUUCCUCCGUGGAUAGCUUAGCGAGUACAGGAUCCAACCAGGAACUCAAGGAUGAAUUGGAGACUAGUCUAGCUGAGGUUAAAGCUGCAAUAGAGGACGUGGUUCGACGGGCUACUCCGGAUUCAGACGGAGCAGCUUCACAAUCCUUACCACGAACUCCGGAGGAGGAAACUGUCCUGGAGCUAGCGAGUCGUCCGGCCGGAUCAAGAGAGGGAAUAGGUCGGAAAAUCUCCCUGGAGGAUGUAGAGCUGAGAAGGGUGAGUAUGGAAACUGGAGCUAGACCCAGAUCAGUUCAAACUCCAUCUGUUACUCCGCGAUCCAGUAAACCCUUGGACGUGGAGUCGGUUCUUCUAAAGCAAAGCAGCUGGGGGAGUAGAAGAGGACCUAGAGAACCUAAGGACCCUGAAACUCCGGAUGAACACGUCACAGCAUUUGUAAAAAGAAAGGAACUGUGGGAGAAGAGAACGAACAGUACUCCAAGUAGCGAUGAAGAGAAGGAGCGAGGAACUCCUAACUUCAGAGGAAACCGGGAUUUCUGGGAGCAGAAAUCCUUGGGACGAAAGAAAACUCCUGGUCAGACUCCAGAUCUUGUAAUGGACCUACCAGCCGGAGCUCUAGCAAGUAGUCCACCCGUUCCAGCUCCGAGACCACGUAAGUCCCGAUCUCCGUCCUCCGAUUCUGUCGGAGCUCGUUCCAUCAGUUCCGAGGAUUCACUGACAACCUCUCCAAUAUCUAGCGCAGACACAUUUGCAGCUGAUACAGAUACAUUAAAGAAACCCCAGUCAAAUCAAUCCACUCCGGUCUCUCAUCCUAAACCUAAACCGAGACCAGAACCUCUUCUCCUUGCUAAUACUCAACGAUCCCAGGUUGUUCCAAUCCGUUCUCCAGGUCCCAGGACACCAACACUGACUCCUAAGUUUGGAUCCGUGACACCCAGAGCAGAUUCUUCCUUCUCCGGAGCAACCUCGUCCUUUAAACCAUCUGUGAGAGUAAAACCUUUGGUUCAUGUUAAACCAACAGAAAUUAAAAAAGACGCGUCCAAAGAUUUGAAGUAAAAUUAUGUUUUAUCCCCAUCUCUCACUUUGUCGAGCUUAUUUUUUUCAAGCAUUUACAGACGAAAAUUGCAACUAUUUUGCACAAAUUGAGAAUACCAAUAUGAUUUAUUUGCAAAAAGUGCAAAAAUGUUUUAAAAUUUUGACAAAAAUUGAUCUCCCGAUGUAUGACUAUCAAGAAUGAUAUAUUAAAAUUUUCCUGUUAUAAAUGUUUUGAAUCCUAUUCUAUUACAAGAACAUUAUAUAAUAACAUUAAUCUACAAUUAAACACGAAUCCACAGAUAAUUUCAUACUUUUAUAUCUCGUGCUUUUUCAACUAUAAAUGUAUGUAUAGUGUACAGUGUACAGUGUACAUGAGUGUGCUACUGUAAAGAAUGAAAAGUAUAAAUUUUGUAAAUUAUUUUAAACUGUUUACCAUGAGCCUAGUCUGCUUAAUUUACCGUAAUAAACGAUAUAAAUGUGAA